AUGUUCCCAAUAAAUCUCAACUUUCCAAAUGAACGUAAUAUACCUGACUACGAUCCUGAGUUUCCAGUGUCCGAGCUAGUGAAAGACACUCCGCGACUAAUGAAGAAACAAGCUGAGCUGCUCAAAGAGGAACUGUCGUCGACCACAAUUACAUUUGAAAAGAAAGAACUCAUUGAAGAUAUGUGUGGUGUGCGUCAUAACGAAGCAAAAGUCGAAUGGAGGUUCGACACGCCGGAAAGCGACAGACUGCCAAGUAGUUCCGAAAUACCUCCUGACAUAAAUUGUCUUCAAAAGCAAAUUUUGCGCUCACAAAUGGAAGAUGAACCUAUAGGAGUUGAAAAAGUCCAAUGCUUGGCGUGCUCCGUGUACGUCAAUUACAUUUCAGGCGUUGUCCAAGUGGCACACUGGAUGCGAUUCGGAUUGGAACGAAGGGGCAACAUCUCGACAGAAAUUGUAAAAGACGGACGUGUAGAACGAGCUGGAUGGGCAAGUGUAAAGUUGGAGGAUCGGAAGUUUCUCAAUCGGAAGAAAUAUCUUUGGAACUGGAAGAACUUCAGUCACCUUCUCAUCAAAUGCCGCGGUGAUGGUCGAAGUUACAAGAUAAUGCUUCACGCACCGAAAGCUAUCGAUAUGACUUGGGGAGACUCAUACUCCUAUCCUCUGCAUACUCGUGGUGGUCCAUACUGGCAGUAUGAAAAGAUCCCUUUUUCAAAAUUCUUUCAUACUGUUGCAGGACGUAUCCAGGACAAGCAGAACAGCGUUUUCUUAGAUGAAGUCAGCUCCCUUGGAAUUGUGCUGAUGGAUCGCAUAGAUGGCGAAUUUCAACUGGAACUGGACUACAUAGGAGUGUACAACGACCAGACCCAUUUUGAAAAGUUUGCAUACGAAACAUAUACAUUACCAUUAUUCAACACACACGGGAUCUAG